ACAGUUUAUUCAAAUUAUAAUAAAAAUUUAAAACAAUUUGAAUUUGAGUUUAACAUUCCUAUGAAUAUUAAAACAGGAAAUGUCAGUUAUUUUAUUACACUGGAUUCUAGAGAUAAUGUUAACUAUUUUAGCUUUUCUUUGCCAAUAGAAUACCAAUUACGAAUUAAAGAGUCCAAAAAUAUUGAUUUAUUUGGGCCAGUAGUUACCAAUGUUAAAACUAUUCCAAGUAUAGCAGGUAAAGAUAAAUUAAAAACCGGUUAUACAUUGGAGAUAAAAGAUAACUCAAAUGGAUUUAAAUAUGGAUAUAUUAUAGUCAAAGGUUCAAAUGACAUGACUGAAAGAAAUAUAACAAUAGAUUCAUCAAAUUUAUUUAUUGGUACCGUUUAUAGAGGGGUUUAUUCAGUAUAUUUUGAAUAUGACAUUCCAUGUAUCACCCAAACAUUUUCAAUUGUUUAUGCAUAUUUUGAAGAUACACAAGGUUAUUUUACAGAAUUCAAU